CAGCUCUCCUAGUGCUGAAUCAUCACGAUCAGCCUGUACAUGCUCGUCUAUCUGAGAGCCGUCGGUCGCUUGUACAACCACGCCGAAACGACCAACCGGAGAUUUCAUAAGCGCACAGACAAAGGGGAGGGUUGCCGUUACGUGCUGUUGUCACGCUUUAAAAAAAGAAGCCAUGUGUCGGAAUUACCGGGAGCAGCUCGCGUAGAGUUCGAGAGCAAAGUGGGCUGUUGAUAUGGCCGGGGAUUCCCCAUGUUUUGAGGCUAAUAAACGGCUAGAUAUUUUGAAAGGUGAAAGUAGCCGGUGAGCCGUCGAGUAACGCGGGCGUAGAGACAACUUAUAGCGGCAGAGAGCUCGUAUAAACCCCGGUAACAACACAUAGCUAUUCCCGGUGUCCGAGGUGCUGAAACGGCGGCGAACACCAACAGCAGCGGGGUUGGACAUUUAAACUGAAGCCGAGACGCGACCGUUGACAAGUCGACUUCGUUUGCUGCUUCUUGAACAGGUCUGUUCAGAAGAGCAAGGCUCUUGUGGCAUGACGACGACUAAUAAAGGAAAUAAAGCCUUGAAGGUGAAGCGGGAGCCUGGGGAGAAUGGUACCAGCCUGACAGAUGACGAGCUGGUUACCAUGUCGGUGCGGGAGCUGAAUCAGCACCUGCGAGGGCUCUCGAAAGAAGAGAUCCUGCAACUAAAACAACGGCGGCGCACCCUCAAGAACCGUGGCUAUGCUGCCAGCUGCCGCGUAAAGCGCGUCACGCAGAAGGAGGAGCUGGAGAAGCAAAAGGCCCAGCUGCAGCAGGAGGUGGACAAACUGGCCAAUGAGAAUGCUUCGAUGCGCGUUGAGCUGGAUGCCCUGAGGUCUAAGUACGAGGCAUUACAGACCUUCGCUAGGACUGUGGCACGGAGCCCGACUGUGGGGGUUGGGGUCAGGGCUGGGGGGGGAGGAGGAGGGGGAGGGGUGGCGUCUUCAGUCAUCGGGCCACUCAUACCGGGGAAGGUGGCAACAGCGACAAGCGUGAUUACAAUAGUGAAGUCAAAAACAGAUGCACGGUCUUGAAGGAGGGGCAGAUACACGUGGGUGGAUCAGGACGGAGUUCAGCUGCAUCAGAGUAAUCCUCUCCCUCUGCUGGCCACCUCUCCUCUACCUGCACUGACUUAAAACAGCUGGGCGGAUAUGAUCAAAUCGCCUUAGCACGUUGCUGUAACCUAUCUCCCAUCAGUGCGGGUAAAGGAAAGGAGGGAGGCAGAGGAACAUUCUUGAGACUAUUAGAACGCAGCCCUUGGUCAGCGCAUGAUCAUUUAGCACAGGACAGACACACAGGGUUCCUACGGUCAUAGAAGGCCUGGAAAUGUCAUAGAAUUGGAAUAGUAUGUUUUCCAGGCCGGGAAAAUUGGUUAACAAAAUGUAAAUGCCCCCAAAAAGAUUAGCAAAUAUCAUGCAAUGUUGUUCACAGUUGCCAAUUCAGUCAAGUGCUUGGUGUCAAGUUAGACUGCCAGUAGAUGUAGGCAUCUGUUAGUGAAUAAUGAUCCAAUUACACAGUUGCACACUACAUCUGAAGUGUUAGUUUGACCCAGCCAAACCAAGACAUGGGACAUUGAAUCAGCUACACCAACAAAAAUAAUCAGUUUUCAAAAAUAUUGCAUCCAUUGUUAUUGGAAAGGAUGGUAUAGAUUAGUGAGAUGGAUUAGUCAUGGAAAAGUCACUGGAUUUGUGGAAAAAAAAUGUUGGGACCCUGGUUAUAAUUGCACCAUAAAAAUUCCAAAAGAAUAUAACAGAUUUCAUGUGACCUACAAAUUUCACGGUCUACAAAGAAGUCCCAUGUUGCUCCACCAAGCCAAGAACAGCUGAAUAACUUUUUCAGAAAAAUACUAUAGAAAAUAUAUAUUACACAAUGGUGGUAACUGUAUUUCUACUGUUUUGUACUGUGUUGUCAUUCACAUGAGGUCCAAAGUGUAUUCUCUGUGUGUGAAUUGUUAUAUAUCAGGAAUUCUGUGAAAUUCUGUGGUGCGUGUUUGUUUUGGUAUUGCUAUAUUUAGUUAGCUGUAUUUUUUUAUACAGUCUCUCACUUUCUCUGUCCAACUCUCUCUCUCUUUCUCCUCUCUGUCCUUCCGUUUUUCAAUUCCAACUGGCUUCCGUUAUUAGAUACUUCCAAGAUACUUCUACAGGAAGAGGAAAAAGGCAAUUGAUAUUUACAGGAAAAAAACAACACCACAGAAUGGUACUUUAUCUGAAAGUGAAUAGAAGUGAAUGCAAGUCAUUGACCUUGUCUUAGUACGUGAGAAUCUUCAGGGAAACGGUCAUUUGAACACCAGGGCUGAAUUAAGAUGAAGUUGUCUUCUCUAUCUUGAGUUCCUCUCAAGGUAUUUUGAAGAAAUUGUGGAUGGGCAAGUGCCUUGGUCUCCUGCGAUAUGCAUCAAGAAAUCAAGAGGACAUGAGGAGGAAUUGUGGAAGGAGGGUGGAGACUCAAAGCAGGUGUCUGUUGACUUGUGCUCAUACCUGUGCUUAAUGGGAUACACUGACCAAUCAGGAAUCAGGUUGUGGCAGCAUUUAGCUAUUGCUGUGUAUUGUUGUAACAGCUGUGUAGUAGCCAUCAGGAUUAUAAUAACACCCAUUUAUGUGACUUGGCAGUUAGAAACAAAACACUUAGGGACACAAAAUAGUUUGCAAAACAGGAGCUCAUUACUUUUUUUUUUUUUUUUUCCCUUGGACAGAAUCAGCUGUUUUAGCCAAAUUACUCAUUUGGUUCAUUUGUUUGUGAAUUUCAUUAGCCUGUGGCUCAGAGACUUAGGUUAUUAUACCAACAGAGAGAUUUUUCCUUCAAAUCAAAGUGGUUUACCUGUUGCAUUUCUUUUGCUUUUAACCACAGAGCUCACCUGUUGUGCAAAUACGAUCGACAAUGACAUUUCAACUGUCAAAAGCAAAGACAUGAAAAAUUAUCGACUGAAUUUCCAGUCACACAAAUGGGUGUCAUUUCCCAUGAGCUUUACCAUAAAACUAGUCUUAUAAUAUGUGGUGUUCUAUACUAAAGGAUCUUUGUCUAUGUAUGGUAGAGUCUGGAAUUUUAUAAAGACAAUUAUCUUUGCAUUGUUUGUAACAACCUGUAAAAAAGGUAUAACAAAAUCUGUUUGAUAUAGCUCUCUCUAUUUUGCAAUUGUACCAAAAGUGGCUUAACUAUUGAAGUCAAUAGCUUUGUUUCUCUCUAGUGACUAGGCACGUGUGUGUAACCGUGGACUAGCGUGUGGUGUGCUGUGUAGGUAUACAAUGAGGUAACUGUAAUGUUCACUAUUUCAUGGAUGUGACGUUAAUCCUUGUUUGAUUUCAGGCCGAAGUGGGUGAUGACACCAUGGGCAACAACUGCACUCUUUUCUCUUUUCUCAUAAGAUCUUUGUCCUUCCUGCCCCAGUAUUCAGCUCCAGCAGUGGAGAUGUGUUAGAUCAUAUAUUUGUCCACCUGCAAUCUGCACUUACUGAUCAUUUGUAAAUUUUAAUUGAGAUGUGAUAAAUUUAUGUGAUCAGGCACAUUUUCUGAAUAGGGCUUUGGUGCUUCAUUUUGCUCUUUGUAAUAUUCAAGGAUCGUUAUUGCAGAUAAAAUGACCUAUUAGUUAAGGAAAUGGGGAUGGAUAACCUUGCAAGCCAGAUGAUUUGCGUGUUCAGGUCAUUUGGCAUGCAAGGUUAAAAGGACAGUGAAGGAAUACUCACAUAAUGAGCCGACAUGGCUGCAUCACCCUCGCAACUUUAAGAAGUUAUUUUUGUGGUGUGUGACUUGGAUAUUUUGUUUUUUCUGUGUACAUUUUCUAUCUAUGUAUAUUUAAUGCUGAUCGUAUUUUGUUUUUCUACUGUUCUGUAAAUGCCAGGGAAGUGAAACCAUUUUGCUAAUAUAUGUGCUGUUUUGUGGAAGAGAGCACCUCUGUUAUGACAUUGCUAUUUUCAUGGCUUGUCUGUGAAAAGAGUGAGGUUUUACCCAAUUUGUGAAGGCCUCAAAUUGUUUUGUUAACCAAGGGGAACCUGAUUUGGAAGGAGUCAUUCACUGAAAUAGAUGUAAUUUACAAUGAUAAAACAUUACAUUUUCACAGCCUUUUACCUGAACUACUAAUUUCCACUGUGAAGAAAAAGAGGUUUAGCUAGCCUACUGCUGUGCAGUUAUUCAGAUUGGCAAGCCGCGUCUUCAUCUGUACCUUUAUAUUAAUCUAAAAUUCAAACGGGAGGGGGAUGAUGGGGAUGUGGGUUUGAGGUAUAAAAAUACAAAACCCUUGCACUGAUAACCAUUUGCAGGUUCAAUCAACCAUGAAACUACAGAGCUACAAGUGUCAGAAAUGUCAAGUGAAAAUGACUGAUGGAACGCUUUUAUCUCUAAACACUGGAAUACACUCAUCUGGUAUCUAGCUAUAAGCAACUAUAGGUACCACACACAUACAUAGUAUAUUUAUGUAUGUGAUGUGAUAUAUGUUUUAAAAGAUUUACCCUGUUUUGUAUGGGCAGAAUGCUUUUCUUUGAUUGGUGAUCUGUGAAAUUGUUUUGAUGGAGUUUUCCAUGUAAUCUCUUUCUCUUCCACUUUGUUGCUUUCUGUCAGUCUUUACAUCUGCUUUUCUAAUGAUGUUAUUGUCCUGUUUUUGACUGGCAAGUCCUGUGGUAUGUGGUCAUGUGGUUAAAAAAAAAAAGAGUGAAAAAAAAA